CCCCUUUGUUGGUGGCGGCGGGGCCGAGCGCGGCGGGGCCGGCCCGGGAUGGGCGACCAGGGCGCCGGGCAGGAAUCUCUGCGCAAGAUCAUCACCACCCUCGCCGUGAAGAAUGAGGAGAUCCAGAACUUCAUCUACUCCCUCAAGCAGAUGAUCCAGAACGUGGAGGCCAACUCGGCGCGGGCGCAGGAGGACCUGGAGGCCGAGUUCCAGUCGCUGUACGCGCUGCUGGACGAGCUCAAGGAGGACAUGGUGAUGAAGAUCAAGCAGGAGCGCGCCAGCCGCACCUACGAGCUGCAGGCCCAGCUCGCCGCCUGCUCCAAGGCCCUGGAGAGCUCCGAGGAGCUGCUGGAGGCGGCCAACCAGGCCCUGGGCACGGCCAACCACCACGAUUUCUCCCAGGCGGCCAAACAGAUCAAGGAUAGCGUCACCAUGGCUCCGGCCUUCCGCCUGUCGCUCAAGGCCAAGGUGAGCGAUAACAUGAGCCACCUGAUGGUGGAUUUCGCCCAGGAACGGCGCCUGCUGCAGGCCCUCGCCUUCCUGCCAGUGCCCAGCGCCCCCGAGAUCGACCUGGCCGAGUCGCUGGUGGCCGAUAACUGUGUGACCCUGGCCUGGAGGAUGCCCGACGAGGACAGCAAGAUCGACCACUACGUGCUGGAGUACCGCCGGACCAACUUCGAGGGGCCGCCCCGCGCCAAGGAGGACCAGCCCUGGAUGGUCAUCGAGGGCAUCAAGGGCACCGAGUACACCCUCACCGGGCUGAAGUUUGACAUGAAGUACAUGAAUUUUCGGGUGCGGGCGUGUAACAAGGCGGUGGCGGGCGAGUUCUCCGAGCCGGUCACUUUGGAGACCAGAGCCUUCAUGUUCCGGCUGGACGCCAGCACGUGCCACCAGAACCUGCGGGUGGAGGAGCUGAGCGUGGAGUGGGACGCCACGGGAGGGAAGCUGCAGGACGUCAAAGCCCGCGAGAAGGACGGCAAGGGCAGGACGGCCUCGCCCGCCAACUCCCCGGCCAGGGCGGUGCAGUCGCCCAAGAGGAUGAGCCUGGGCCGC